AUGCUUGGGGGUCCCGCCAUAUGCAAUCUGCAACCUGCAAUCCUCCUCUCCGCCGCCCGUCCUUGGAGGAACACCGGUCGGUAUUCAACCACAGCCAACCAAGCCGUUUCCCGACCAGAUGCCCGUCACGUAAUUUGUCCGUUGUGGUCCUGUGCCGAGGAUCGCAGGAAGUUCAUCCCUCGUCUCCUAGGACGACCAUCGACGAGCCCAAUGCCAACGUCGACGGGAGUCAGCAGGACUUCUCGCAAUUAUCAAAUGCCUUCCCUUCAACCUGGACAUCUUUCGGUAUGGAGUAGCCAACGUGGACUCAUAGCAUUGGGCGGGUCACUAUCACUAGCUAACAAUGGCAAACCCCAGCCUAUAAUAAUUGGCUCUGCAUUCGGCCCCGAGCGGUGGCUUGUCUUACGGGAUGGAUUGAUGAUUUGCUUUUGCAACCAACGGACGCUGGCAACCCAUACAUGCGCCGUGCGUCUGUGGACCUUGAACGCAAAGUUCGAAAAUUGCUUCAUGCAACUUCAGUCGGUCGGGCUCUUCGUAGACUCUUUUCCCUUGCAGAUCAAAGCUGUCAGAGCAACUUCGGUUGCGGCCGACUAUUGGGUACCAGAGGAAUUUCAGGACAAUCAUAUGAAGUGA